AUGUUUGGUUCCGGAAAGCACUAUUCCAUGGAAGAGCAGCAAGGAAGGAGGAACGUUAAUGGAGAGAGAGAACUAGAAGGCGGCCAACCAAGCAGGAACAGUGGCCAAACUGGCCUCGAACCUGAGGAGCACAGGAUUGACAUUGUUGAAAUUAGUCCUAGGGUGAAGAAUUGGAUUGAGUCUCUCAAAAAGGCAGAAGAAAGCACUCAAUCUCAAAGCCAGUGGCGAAGGAUAACAAAGGUUCCUCAGUUGUUGAGGGGGACCCAGGAUUUCAAGAAAUUGUACGAACCGAGGGUAAUUUCAAUCGGUCCUUACCACCACGGCAAGCCCCACCUUCACCCAGUGCAAAUGAUCAAGCCUCUAUGUGCCCGAAACUUCCUGGCUGAUAGUAACCAGGAAAUCGAAGCAUUGUACACAAAAAUUGAAAGUAAUAUCGAGGCAGUGAGGAAGUGCUAUAAUAAGAGACCGACGAUCAAGUAUGAUAAUGAGGCACUCGCCUGGAUGAUGCUUCUGGAUGGGUGUUCUUUACUACAAUUCAUCCGCCGGAAAGAUCUGAGAAAGUUUCUUAGAGAACACCAUAUAAAUUUUGUGAUGCAGGACUUGUUCUUGCUGGAGAACCAACUUCCCUUUGGAGUUCUCAAGUUGAUUUUUGAGGGAGCAAAAUUCAAUGAUGGUUUAACAAUGGAAGAGAUGAUAAAAAAAUUCGUCACUGACAACGGAAGGCUAGAAGAGUCGACAUUAGAAAUACAUCUGGAAGAGGCCUCUCAUAUCCUCGGCCUUUUGCGAAGUGCUCUCCUAGGCCAGAGUCAGCCCGAACAAGAGCGGCCACCUGAUAAAAAGAAAAGUCGUCGGCGUCUCAAGGAAUAUGUGGGCGGUUCUGUAGCCCAUGUAAAAAAGGCAAACAACGAGGCAUUCGGCAGUCUUUUCGAAACAUCAAGGAGCUUAAAGCUGCCGGGAUCCAUCUCCAAUCAAGUAGAACGAGAUUCUUGA